AUGCAGUGCUUGCAGACUGAGGCGGGCCGUGUUGCCGUUGCUGGGAGUGGGUUUCUCGUUGACGGCUACGAUUUGUCGAUAAUUGGUGCAGUGCAGAAUGUCAUUAAAGUUGUAUAUGUCUGCCAAGGCAGUGCUCCUUGCCAAUCAGACAAAAUUUCCGCAGCGGACUUCCAGAAUCUCACCGGAGCAGUCAAUUCGGCAGCGUUGGUCGGCUCGAUCUUUGGGCAGCUCAUCAUUGGUGUCCUAGCGGAUCGCCUCGGCCGCAGGCUGAUUUUUAUCAUUACUGGCGUUUUGCUGGUGGUCGGAUCGUGCUUAUCCGCGCUUGCGCAGUCUGACCUCAUAUCCGAUGCAGGGCCUCAGCAACUCCUCUAUCAGAUCGCUUUGGCACGAUUCGUCGUUGGCUUUGGGAUCGGGGGUGAGUUCCCACUCACUGGCUCCAUCGCUGCCGAGGGUAGCAGCGCAAAGCGUCGCACUGUGCUUAUGAGCCUCGUCUACACAUCCGCUUGCGUGGGGAUUCUGCUUUGCCCAAUGUUGAUGCUCCUCCUCUAUGCGCUGGGCUGCCCCCUCUGGCUUUUAUGGCGCUUGGGCCUGGCAUUUGGUGGGGUGAUGCCCCUUGCCUCUCUCUACUUCCGCUGGAAGAUGCAUGAGAGCGAUGACUACCGGAAGGUAGAGCAGCAACGAGCACAGUGCAAUCCGAAGGUCAUGCUGGCGCCCACUGUGGGCCUCUACAAGUGGCAUCUCCUCGGGACGGCAUCCAACUGGUUCUUGUUCAACGCCAUCUACUACAGCACUUUCCUGUUCCAGGGGCAGAUCAUGGCGGCAGCAUCUUUCGGCCCAGAGGGUCUGGCAGGAACCUUUGAGAAGACCCUCGUGAGCGGGGUGCUCGUGUUUGUUGGCGGCUGCGCCGGGAUCUUAUCUGUGCACGGUGGCGGAUCACCCUGA